ACUAGAAUAACAGCCUUGAUGUAGUAGUAGUAGUCGUCUUCCCAGACGGAGCGAGAUCCGGUCGUUUCAUCGAGCUUGACUUCACAAAAACCCAAACUAAACUGUAACGUCAGGACAGGGUGAACCCUGCUUUCCUCCUUAAACAUUGGAAGUUAAAGGGAAAAACAUAGAACAUGGAUUCCGUCAACAGGCUGGAAGUCUACAUCCCAGUGGAGGCGGAGGUGAAAAACAUCCCUCUGUGCAGUUUACCCUCCAAAGUGCUCAGAAAGAUGGGCCUCCCCCUAACUGACAUCCAGGGUUUCAAGAACCUCAGCAGCUCCCCAGAGGGCAUAUGGAUCUGUCCAGCAGUCGUACGGAGGAAAGGUCACAAACAGGCCUCACCCUCGCUGCUGGCCUCACAGGUCCAAAUGACACCGGGUCCUUUGCGGAUGUCUUUUGUUUCCUCUAACAAGGCUGCGUACAAAGUGCUGAGGCAGAUCUCCGGGACAGACCUUGAGGCCUCGCUGCCUCAAGGCUCGGCACCACAGACCUACGGAUCCGCUGUGGUCAUCUACCGCGGACACAUUUACCUGUCCAUGAGGAAGCACGAUCCAAGUCUCUCUGACGGCUCUUCAGCGCCUUCCACAUCAUCAUCAUCAUCAUCGAAAAGACAGAAAAAGCAGCUGCAGAACGAAAACAGGAGAAAGAAGAAGAAGAAACGCUCCUCCUGUAAAGACAGCGAGAAAGACGACGUGUCCUCAACCGCGUCCGCUCGUCCCGUCCCUCUGGCCACUCACGGCGAGCACAGUGUGGACAGCCGCCGUCACACAGAUGCAAGGGGACAGCAGGAGACACAGGAGACAUCAUCGUCAUCAUCAUCAUCAUCAGCCGGGCGGCUGCUUGUGCUGCUGAAGAAUCCAGUCGGGUUUGAGCCUGUAGGGGGCAGCAGUGACAGACAUGAAUGUGAGACGCAGGACCUGGAUGGUGGAGACGCUGAGAGCAGCAGCAGCAGCAGCAGCCAGAGCGGCGCGAGGACAGAGCCGCUGUCUGUAGCUCGCGGCUCUGCGUCACUGGCAAAGGAGUACGAUGAUUUGGCACAAGAGGAGAAGAUCGCUAAGAUGAAAGCCAGACUCCGUCAGAACGAAGCCGCUUUCAACAACCUGCAUUCUGCACGCUGACUGCCCCGAGCAGCUGCAAUUCAGCUUGUGGAUUUGGGUCAGUGGGGUCAUGAGGUACUUGUUCACAAUCAGUGUGUGACAUGCUCAAUCCUGGUCCAAUGUUUUAGACGUUCCCUUGCUCCAACGCACCUUAAAUCACUGUAUUUGUCAGUGAACAAAGUGACAAACUUCACUUUCCACAAGACAAAAUCUAUCUCAUCUAGAAUUACUUUCACACUUUUAUGACUGUGGGAAAAAGAUAUAUGACGUAAGUAAGCCUUCGUAAUGUUGUGAUAAACGUUUAUUUCAUUCAGACCUGAUAAGAUUCACUAACUGCAGUGCGUUGUUUUAAGUUCUGAUUCUGCCUCUCUCGUGUCGGCCCGUGCAUGUAUAAGUGCCUUAUACUGUCCCACUGUAAGAAUCACGAACUGUCCCCCAGAGAUUUUAGAGGCGGAUGAAAUAUAAUUUCUAUGUUAAUGCUGUGACGUGAACCCUGUAAACAGAGAACGUACACGAGUGUGUGACUCACGAGAAGACAGGUGGAGUGAGGCUGUGUCCUAUAACACUGAUGUAACCGUCUUUAUCUCUGCAGACGACUUACUGUGGCUUCAUUUGGGUUGAAUGUAUAACGUAUGCUCUUAGUUAAUUAACCCUGUUUGCACUGUAGUCUUUCUGUGACAGUGGUGGCAUUUUUUAUGUAUUAUUCUAUCUUGUUCAUUUCUGCAUUAAAGAAACGUUAAAUGCUA